AGAUAAAGAGCGGAGAAAAAUAAAUAAUAAGUUGGGAAACGAGAGUUGGACGAUUUAGGACCCUGGACACCGGGUUGGGUAUAAGAGUGGACAGCGAUCGACGUCCAGCCAUCAGUCUCUCAACAACAUUCGUUCCUAACAAACCUACGAGAAUGAAGGUCGCCAUUGUAUUGCUCGCUGUGGUAGCUGUUACCCUGGGGAAGCCCCAGGGCUACACCACUAAAUACGACAACGUAGACCUGGACCAGAUCCUCCGUAAUGAUCGUCUCCUUAACAACUAUGUGAAAUGUCUUCUGGACGAGGGAAAUUGCACGAGUGACGGAAAAGAAUUGAAAGCUUCUCUCCCCGAUGCUCUCGCCACUGGCUGCAACAAAUGUAGUGAAAAACAGAGGGUAGGCAGUGAGAAGGUCAUCCGGUAUUUGGUAAACGAGCGUCCAAAGGUCUGGCAGAAACUCGCCGCUAAGUACGAUCCACAUGACGAAUACAGGGUAAAGUUCCAGGGGGAGGCCAACGCACGGGGGAUUAAGGUUUAAAUAACUAAUUGUUGUCAUUAAAUUUUAUCAUUUAUAAAUUCUUACUCGGGAGUUUUGAGGCUCUCAUGAUGUAUCAAAUUCUUUGUGUUUUUUUUAUUUUUUGAAUAAAUCUUUUGGAAGAAUA